AUGAACAGCCAAAGCCCGCAAACGAACUGUCGCCUCUUCAAGCUCCCUGGAGAAAUCCGAAAUCGCAUCUAUCGCCUCGUCCUUGUCGACGCCGUAGGUGAUGCGGAUGGCUAUAUCGAGUACGACACCACCGGCUACAGCGUCCCUCCACUCCUCAAAACCUGCAAAGCAAUCCGCUCUGAGAACCGCGCCAUCUUCUACUACGAGAAUCAGUUCACCUGCACGAUCGAGAAAUUCGACUGCUCACCCAUGGUCAAGUUCUGGGCACAUCUGCGACGUUGUGAUCUUUCGCCCGACAAAGUCCACACUCGCUGCGGCCAUGAUUUUGAGCCUGACUGGCGCAAUCUAAUGGAGUGGCUGCGGCGGUAUCAUGCGAAGGAUGUGCAUGGUCGGUCUAGGAGGAUUGCGUCUCUCCAGGCCAAAGGCUCGAUUAGGGCGACGGACUACAUCAUAGCUGGUCUGUUCGAUACUGCGAAGGAUCUCCGUGGGCAGCCGUGGCAGUUUGUGGAGGGCGUUGUAAGUAAUCAGCACGAGGCACUGAUUGUGCUUGAUGCGAGGUGGAAGGAGGCGUAA